UCUCCCGGUGGGCGGAGGACGUGGGCGGGAGCAGUGCCCUCUGGGAAGAACCCGGAGAAGAGAACCUGUGACUUUAAGCAGCCCUGUAUGUGUGUGUAUGAGUGUGUAGGGGAGUUAAUGAUUUGCCAGAGGCUCGUUUCACAACUUACCAAGGGUCAGCUUCCCUCGAGCAUGUACAAGUUCGGUCCUCUUUGCUCCUCACCCCUUGCCAGCUUCCACCCGGAAGGUCCCCCAGGCAGCCUGAAGCAUGAUCUCCAUCACAGAAUGGCAGAAGAUUGGCGUGGGCGUCACCGGCUUCGGCAUCUUCUUCAUCCUCUUCGGAGUGCUCCUGUACUUUGAUUCGGUGCUCCUGGCCUUCGGAAACCUGCUGUUCCUGACCGGCCUCUCCCUCAUCAUUGGUCUGAGGAAGACAUCUUCCUUCUUCUUCCAGAGACACAAGCUGAAGGGAACAAGCUUCUUCCUGGGGGGUGUGGCCAUCGUGCUCCUGCGCUGGCCCCUCCUGGGCAUGCUCCUCGAAACCUAUGGCUUCUUUAACCUCUUCAAGGGCUUUUUCCCUGUCGUCUUUGGCUUCCUGGGCAAUUCCGCCAACAUCCCCUUCCUGAGUGCGCUGUUCCGGAGGCUUGAAGGCACCAGCUCAAUGGUCUGAACAGCAGAGAUGAGCUCCUUGAACUUGGAUCUUUGGUUGAGGGGGCUGGAAAGGAAAGGGGGGCCACCCCCAGGCCCCCGCCCUGCACUGACUCAUCUCCCCAUCAUACCUGGACUUCUCCAAGUCCAGAAGGAAGGACGGAGCCGAAUGACUGACCUCAAAUUCCCGAGUGAACUCAAGAGGCUGUCAGCACUGCUGGGAGCAGAGAUCCAGGGCCCCAUGGAAGCUGCACUGGGGCGGGAAUCACAUCCUGUCUUGUAUUUAUCAGAGGAAAAGCACGGAUUAAAUCCUCAAGCUGGGGGCGUCCCUGAGACUCACAGUCAGUGUCUCCAGCCCAGUAAGUUCAUUUCCGGACUCGGGGCAGGCCGACCCACACACAAACAUUCGACUGUUCUCAUGGCCUGUGAUUUUUAUCCUGGGGUUAACUAGUCCUAAUGAAUGAGAUGAUAUAUUUGCAAGCCCCUGUUAGCAGUAGGUAUUAAACAAGUGAUGGGUAUUAA